GCUAUAAACCUUGCACCUAAAUAUCAGUCGUGCUAAAUUGCUUUCACUCUUAAGUCUUUGCUACAAUUACAGCAAGGUCUAUAUAAAGAAUACCUAAUACAAAUGGGCACAGAGUGCGUUUGGACCUCGCUGGAAAACACAUGUUUAUAACUAUGCAUUCUUUCCUGUUGAAACGCUACGGGCAAUUACAUACAAGUGAAUUAAUUUAGGUAUAAGAAUGUCGGAAAACUGUGCUGUUCCCCUGUGUCUCCCAAACAACUGUAAAUGGGAUGAACAGACUGGGGAAUACACGCGAGAUGAAGAACAAGACAGGACCAGCCUCUGUGUUAUUGAUGCUGCUCUGGAGCGAUUGCGGAAUGUAAAAGGUCCUGUUUGUGUGGUGUCCAUUGCCGGCCCGUGUAGGAAGGGCAAAUCCUAUAUCUUAAGUAAAGUUUUUGACCAGGGUGAGGUUUUCCCUCUUGGUCAUGAACUGGACCCUGAAACCAUGGGGAUCUGGAUGUGGAUUGUGCCUGAAAAAUUCCAGGACGCCAAUGGAUUGGAAGUCACAGUGGUGUUGUUGGACUCGGAGGGAAUCGAUGCUGUGUCAGGAGAAGGCACGGAUGAUCACUGUAUAUUUACACUGACUAUUUUACUGGCGUCAAUGCUGAUUUACAACUCAGCUGGGGUACCAACCAGGACUGACCUCGAUGGACUGGACUACAUAUUAAAGCUGUCGCAGCGAAUUCAAAUUCACUCAGGCAGCCAGGCAGGAGAUGCAGCCAAAGGUUCCACUGAUGACGUAAAAAUCUUUCACAAAACGUUUCCCUUCUUCAUGUGGUUGCUAAGAGAUGUUGUGCUUGCUCUUCCGAAAGGCUGUCAUGACAUCAAGGAUUAUUUCCUAACAAAAGUAUUCAAAGCCUCAUCGUCUGGGACCAAAGUCGAUAAGGCCGAAGAAGUUGCCGAGAGCAUUUUGAGUUACUUUCCUGGGUUUGAUGCCUUUAAGUUGCCACCUCCAUCUUCUGACCCAGAUGUUGUGUUAAACCUCAAUAGAGAUGAAGUUCAGGAUGACAUAAACAAGUCGUUUCUACGUGGAGUCGAUGAGUUUAAGUUGCGUCUUUGGUCUAAACUGACUCCCAAGCACUGUCUCAACGAGGGAGAGUUUGUAACUGGUGAAGCUCUUGCCACAAUGGUAACCAGUUACGUCGCAGCUUUAAAUACACCUGGGACAGUGCCUAACGUACAAAAGGCCUGGGACGUCUUUGUUUCCACUAAAUGUACCCAGGUUAAAGCGGCUGCUACAGAAUCAUAUGACAAGACAAUGGAGUCAGAAAUGGCGGGCAAGUUACCUUGCGAAAGGGACGUUAUUCGACAGUCUCAGGCGAUAGCGCUGGAUAGGGCACUGAAGCUGUUUGAAGAGGAGACGUUCGGGAUUUCAACUGCAAAUAUUGAGAGUUACCUCAGUGAGUUAACGGCCUACAUGGAAAAUGGUUUGAACAGCUGGCAAGACAGGAACACACAGCUGACCAAGGAAAGUUGUCAUCAGUUGUUGGGUGGCCUGAAGCAUCGCCAUCUUGAUCCAGUUUUGGCACAGCUCAGAGGAAAGGAGGGGUCCAAAGUUUCGUUCGCGGAAAUCAUGGCUUGCUACAGUUCCAUUGAGCUGGGAUUUAAGGAGGAGGCUAAGGGUGCUGAAGAUGUCUGUGCACAAGUGUUUCUUGAUUUCCACCCUGAACUACAGGCUGAAAUGGAGAAGCACAUGGAACAUUUGCAGCAACUUAAAGACUUUGAUGAAAACUUGGCAUACGAAAAGGAAGCUAGGGCACAAGAGAUGGAACAGAGAAAAAGAGUUGAGGAGGAGAAAGCUCGUUUGGAAGAGGAGCGUCUAAUGAAGGAGAGAGAGUUGGAACUUUUAAAAGCGAAGCAAGAAGAAGAGAAGCGACGCCUUGAGGAACAGAUGAGAUCCGCCAUGGAAGCUCAGAGAGAGCAAAUGCAGAACAUGAUGAGAGCAAAUAUGGACGAGCUGCAAAGGGAGAGACAAGAUGUCUCCAAUCAGAACAGAUCAAUGAGGGAUGCCAUGGAGAGUAUGCAGCGAUCACUGAAUGAAAGAAAUGGCCAGAUAGCAGAGCUGCAAAGGCAAGUCCAAGAUAUUGCAAACAGACCUCCGCCACCCCCACCGCCCAAGAAAAAGAGAUGUGUAGUUAUGUGAGCAACAAGCUAAGAUUGGCAUCGGAGUUCAUCAUGGACAACAAAGAUGUUGUAAACGUAGAAGAGCUAGCUGACAUCACAGAAAAUAUAAAAGUAGCUCGAACGAUUUAGAACAAGAGGUUCAGAGUUGUACAUUUGACCGACAAUUAGCGUUUUUAAAAAAUGAUAUCGUAGUAUUUACCCCAGUCUUAGUCCUAUAGAUGUCACUGUAAUACAUUAAUUAAGCUCUGCAUUUGAUCAUUGAAAGAAUUCCUAAAAAAAAAGAGAAUCCAGAUGUGUAAUCCAGGUAUGUAACUGAUCUUUACAUGUCUCUCCCACUGUAAGAGAGAAACUCAAAUUGCCAGAUUACAGAUACGAUCAGCCAUAAUUUGAUUAAUAAACCCGAGGUUCAGACAAGCUUAAGUCACCAAUUUUAACAUAAUAAAAUUCUUGUAUGUUGUCCAGUUUAUA